GCACGUGUGAAUGACACGGCUAAUCAGGCCGGUUUCGCACGUGAAUGGUCCGAGUUGCAGUUUAUUAGCCAAUUGACACGGGGUAUGGCACUGAAUGGAACGGGUGAUUCAAUGAAAAUUUACGAUCUUCUUUCCAAUGGAUAUUAUAUCAAAGGACUUGAUAGUAGUUAG